AUGAUUAACACCAUAUCAGUCCAAGCUAGUACAGAAACCAAUUCUUACGCCAAGAUUCUUAACAACGGUAUGGACAACAUCAAUUGCGCCAACUUGAUCAACGGUAGAGUCGAAAAUCGCAAAGAAGUGACCUCAAUUGCUAAGUCACUUGCAUCCAGAAUUCGAAAUGAUUCAGACUACAAACACUUGACUAAAAACUGUACAAGCUUUGCGCACAAGAGAGGGUAUUACUCAAAACCAGUUACUAACGAAGAACUCGAGUUUCCUCUGGCAUUUGGAAUUUAUAUAUACCGGUCUGUUUACCAAGUUGAACAGUUACUGAGAAUUAUUUAUAGAUAUCAUAACGUGUAUUGCAUUCAUAUCGACGAAAAUUCAUCCAGUGAGUUUAAGACCAUCAUUUUAUCAAUAGCCAGGUGUUUUGAAAAUAUCGUCUUAGCUCCUAUUUUUUACCCAAUCAAAUGGGGAUCAAUGAACAUCGUAAGAGCCGAACUCGUCUGCCAAAAGGAGUUGUUAUUGAAAAACAAAUCAUGGAAGUAUUAUUUAAAUGUUUGCGGUCAGGAUUUCCCGUUGAAGACAAACUUAGAAAUUGUGAGAAUUCUUCAAUUAUAUGGUGGUAAAAACGAUAUACAAACAUCUGCCUACGUUGAUGAAGUGAGAGCAAAAUUUGUCUAUGUGGAAGAUGAAAAGUCGAUAGAGAAUACGUGGCUUAUUAAAUCUGAACCACGCCCAACUGCAAUAAAACGUAUUCACAAAGGUAGUUUGUUUGUUGCUUUGGCUCGGCGGUUUGUAUUCUUUCUACAGAAUUCAAAAAUAUCCAAAGAUUGGUUAAAUUGGUUGAAUGAUAGCUAUAUCCCAGACGAAAGCUUUACUCAGACAUUAGCAAGACUUCCGAAUGCUCCUGGGGGUCCAAACAAUCACGAAAGCCCGGAGAUGCUUACUCGAUAUGUCUUGUGGAACGGUGAAGUGAAGUGUGAUGGUUACUGGUAUCACGACGUGUGUGUGUUCUCAUGGAGACACCUACAAAUUUAUCCUUCGAGGCACGAGUUAUUCGCCAAUAAAUUUUUUCCAGACUAUGAUCCUAUUGUUACUAAUUGUUUAGAAGAACUUCUUGAAAAUCGAACUAAUAACCCAGUACAAAUAAAUAUGAAUAUGUAUAAGGAUUUUAUUUCCACCAGGGUGUGGUCCUUUAGAGAACCAUGGUAUUUGUAA